AUGAGAUCAAGCUAUGUUUCAGUUACGACAAACCAAACAACAACGUUAACAUUAGACAAAUACACAACACUGUCCCAAUUGCGCCAAAUUCACGCACACAUCAUCAAAACAAACCUCAUCACUCACCCAAUCUCUGUCUCCAAACUCAUCAACGCUUUCUCUCGUAGCUCAAAUCCCUAUGAAGCCGUUACCCUUUACGCCCACGCGCUCUCUCGUUUCAACAACUUGCGUGGAUUCCACUUCUGUGUUCCACCAGCUCUCAGAGCCUGUGGUAGAUCCAAUGCAUUAGAGGAAGGGAAACAAAUCAUGGGUUUCGUUUUCAAAACGCGUGAUUUGUGGCAUGACCCUUUUGUUACUAAUUCAGUAGUUCGAAUGUGUUUGGAAAUUGGUUUGAUUAAGCUUGCAAGGUCGGUGUUUGAUAAAAUGCCUGUAAGAGAUUUGAUUUCUUGGAACUCUUUGCUUACUGGUUAUUUAAGGGCUGGUGAGAUUGAGAUGGCUCGUGAGGUUUUUGAUGAAAUGCCUCAAAAGGAUGUUGUUUCUUGUAAUGCUAUGAUUGAUGGGUAUGGGAAGAAUGGGAAAUGUGAGCUUGCUGAGGAGGUUUUUAUGGAUAUGAGUUUAAGAGAUGUGGUUACGUGGUCGAGUAUGAUUUCUGCUUUUGUUCUUAAUGGUCGACCAAGGAAAGGUUUGGACUUGUUUAGAGAAAUGUUGACUUUAGGGGUUAGACCUGAUGCACCUGUUAUUGUUGGUGUUCUUUCAGCUAUUGCUGAAUUGGGUUUUGUUGAGGAAGGGAAAUGGAUACACAGUUAUGUGUUUAGUAAUAAGAUACAUUAUAGUUGUAGUUUUAUUGGAUCAGCACUUGUUAACAUGUAUGCUAAAUGUGGCCAAAUAGCAAAUGCUUAUAGUGUAUUUAGAAGCAUUUGUAACCGGAGGAAUGUUGGGGAUUGGAAUUCUUUGAUCUCUGGACUCGCUUUGCAUGGAAUGGGUCGUGAAGCGAUCAAGGUUUUUCUGGAAUUGGAAAGGGAAGGACUUAAGCCUGAUGAUAUAACUUUUUUAGGGCUUUUAAGUGCUUGCAACCAUGGUGGACUUGUGGAGGAGGGUCAAUUUUACUAUGAAACCAUGCAAGUGAAGUACAACAUAGUUCCGAAAAUUCAGCAUUGUGGGUGCAUUGUUGACCUUCUUAGUCGAGCGGGUCGAUUAGAAGAGGCGCUUAGGAUUAUAAGUGAUAUGUCUUUGGAGCCAGAUGUUUUGAUAUGGAAGAAUAUUCUCAGUGCUUGUUUGAAGCACAAUAACUCUGUAAUGGGGAAAACAGCUGCAUUGAAAGCUAUAGAAUUGGCUCCAGAGGAUUCAAGUUGUUAUGUUCUUCUCUCAAAUAUCUAUGCCAAAGAAGGUAGUUGGGAUGAAGUGACUAAGGUUAGAUCAAUGAUGAGAAAAAGGGGCAUAAGAAAAGUUCCGGGAUGUAGCUCCAUUCUUGUUGAUGGUAAAGUCCAUGAGUUCCUCGUCGGGAAGGCCAUGGACAUGAGUUAUGAUCAAAAUGUUCUAUCUAAGUUGGAGGAGGUUGUGUCUGAGUUGAAGACGGAGGGAUAUGAACCUGAUCUCAAUCAAGUUUUUUUAGAUGUUGAAGACGAUGAAAAAGAGAACCAACUGAUUCUUCACAGUGAGAAGAUGGCUCUUGCCUUUGGACUGUUGAGUACCCCACAGGGAAUUCCUAUUUACAUAGUGAAAAACUUGAGAAUUUGUUGUGAUUGUCACACAUUCAUGCAGCUGGUUUCAAAAGUCUACAACCGUCGAGUUAUUGUGAGAGAUCAAAACCGUUUUCAUCAUUUUGAUAGAGGUUUCUGCUCCUGCAGAAAUCAUUGGUAA